AAGUCUCAGGCGACAAGAGGAAAACAAGACAGCGUUUUUUCUUUCUUCUUCCUCCUCCUCCUGUUCUUUGCUAAAGGCGUAUCACUGAUGGAUGCCACCAUGGAGCAGAAAACAUAAAGUUGAGCACUCGAAAGGACGCUGCCACUUGUACUUUAAAGAAGAUAAUCAACGGUGGGAUGAAGAAUUAAAGUCUUAGAGUUUGUGCCGACAUGUCUAAACCAAUGGAUCACGUUAAACGCCCGAUGAACGCUUUCAUGGUCUGGUCCAGAGCCCAGCGCAGAAAAAUGGCUCAGGAAAACCCUAAAAUGCACAACUCCGAGAUCAGCAAGAGACUAGGAGCGGAGUGGAAACUUCUCACCGAGUCUGAGAAGAGGCCGUUCAUCGACGAAGCCAAACGACUGCGCGCGAUGCACAUGAAGGAGCACCCAGACUAUAAAUACAGACCGAGGCGGAAGCCCAAGACUCUCAUGAAGAAAGAUAAGUUUUCCUUCCCGGUGCCCUAUAACCUCGGGGAGCACGACGCGCUCAAAGUCAGCGGCCUUUCCUCUGGAGCUCUUUCCGAGUCCGUGCUUGGGAACCCGGACAAGGCUGCGGCUGCUGCAGCGGCGGCAGCAGCGAGAGUUUUCUUCAACCCAUCCAUGUCCACGAACCCAUACUCCUUUUUUGACCUGGGAUCCAAGAUGACAGAGCUUUCCCCUCCUUCGUUUCCGUACGCGUCCCCGUUGGGUUACCCUCCUGGAGGCGCCACGGCUUUCACCACCGGGACUGGCAGUGUUGGUGGCGGGACGCACACCCACACUCACUCGCACCCGUCCCCUGGAAACCCAGGCUACAUGAUUCCUUGUAACUGUACGGGUUGGCCCUCUGCGGGGCUUCAGCCGCCCUUAGCAUACAUCCUGCUGCCCGGGAUGGGCAAACCUCAGCUUGAACCGUACCCUGCGUAUGCUGCAGCGUUAUGAUAGGCCCACUCUGGACUUCUCGAAGAAAAUACAAUGUGAAAAGAAACAAAAAAAGCUAUUCAUGCAAGAGUUUUAUUAUGCAUGCACAAACUUGUACAUGUGAUGAAGUGCUCGUCGUCUCAGAUAUCACAUGUGUAUGUAUAUUGAUUACUGCCUUUAUCUAAGGUAAUGCUUAUUUAGAGACCUCUCUAAUCUACUCCUCAGCCAGCAGCCCUCUGAGGAAAAAAUGACUAAAAGGAGGAGAUGCUAUCAGUGCAGCUCGCCCUUCCAUGUGAAAACUUUUUUU